AUAUGAUAUGUAUUUGAAUUGAAUUGAAUGCACACACAGUAUAACACAUACAGUAAUUUUUCCCGCUUUUUGUUUAAUCAACUGUUUGUGUGUUAAUCACUAUUUUGAUUGACCACUACUAUCGGUAACACUUACUACGGGCUUAUAGUGUUUUUUUUGUGUGACCAGUGAUUUAUCGUCUCCCGUUAAAAGUUUUUUUCAAAGUUUUAUUUUUUUGUGGUAACUGUCCCGCAAAAAAUUAAACGGUGUGUGUCUGUGACCAGUGUAUCGGUCACAAAGAAAGAGAGAAAAAAAAGCGGUCAACUAUUUAUACUUAUUGUUUGCCUCUGUGUGUGUAUAUAUUGGCCACAGCCCUCACCCGAACCCAUAUUAUUAUCACCGAUAAUGGCAUCAAAGCGUGAGUUGGAAUCACUAUUGGACACCGACUUAAAGGAGUUUAAAAUUACCGAUAAAAAGGGCGAAAAUUUAAGUCGCGGAAGAUCGCGAUCCCGUUCGAGAAGCCGGACGCCCACCCGUAAGCCCGCCUCGCGUACGGUAACGCCUCGCAUCAAGCCGUCAAAGUCCAGUACAAUUAACAAGAAACAGUUGUCGGCCAAAAAACAGACCCCAAAAACGCCGAAAUCGGCUCAAAAAACACCGAAAUCUGCGUUGAAGACACCAAAGUCGGCCUCGAAAACUAAGUUAUCGCCGCCCAAUAAGUCGGCCAAACGGAAAUCGCUGUCCAACGACACGAGUGCAACCAAAAAGAGUAGACAGACGCCCAAAGAGACAGCCAGAACGCCGGGUACGCGGCGAUCGCUUCGGUUGGCCCAAUCGCCCCGUUCGGACAUCAAACACCGUAAUUCUACGGCCUCUCGUAACGUAUCAUUUGACGCCAACUCGUCCCGAAGCUCGCGGGACAGCCAACAAAGCAAAGGAUGGCUGUCUUACUGUUCAAUUAUGUAGUUCAAUGAUGUGUGUUGAGUGUUGGCCAGUGGCCAUAUAUAUACACACACUCAUAGUGACCAAUAUAUUUAUAUAUAGUUAGGACACAAUUAUGUGUGAAUUUCGUGUUUGCAUUUAAAUGAUUGAGUGAAUGAUUUUUUUAAAAAAUAAUUUUAAUGUAAGACAACUAACCAUUUAUUUCAUCAAUUAUUCAAUUUUUUAUAUCUAUCGUUAAUCAACUAUCUAUUGAUUUGUCUAUUAUAUCAUCUCAUU